CGCGCGGAAGAAACAUGCUGGAUGUGUCCAUCUCAUGCGACACUGUCAGUUUAAUUUGCUUCGCAAGUAAUUUCUGAUGGAAAGUCUUUUUUAGGAUCUCAGUUUUGUUUGAUAACCAGGAAUGAUAUGACAUAACAUUACACAGAAGUGUAGUGGUGUGGUUAUGUGCUUGAGUCUGCAUAAAUGCUGUAGAUUAUGACGAGACUUCUCCAGACUGAACUAUUACAAGGACAAUCCCCCCGGAGCAACCUGGAGUUAAGUGCCUUGCUCAAGGACACAAUGGUGGUGGCUGUGGGGAUUGAACCAACAACCUUCAGCUUACCAAUCUCAUAACUCCCUGCAUGAAGAAUGGCUGAACAUCAGAUUGAUGAUCCCAAGAUUGCAUUUGCAUAUCUCCGUCCAUCCUGUGUGCUCCUGACCAAAGAACCCACAGCCGCUAAUGUAGAGACUGUCAGCAGCCACCUCCGCUGUGUUAGCUAUGGAGCUCUCCAACAGCUCCAGGACUAUGUCCUCUUUCCUCUCAGAUUUGUCCUCAAAACCCCUGGCUCCAAGCGCGAGGGUCUUGUCCAGGCGGUCAUGGAAACCAUGACUUAUGUCCUGGAGAACACUUGUGUUCAGAGUUGGCAGUCUCUGCGAGAUCUUUUCUCUGAGCUGUGCCUUUGUCUUUGUUCCCCUAAAGACCCGGGAAAGCCUGGCGUGACUUCAGAGGAGCUCAAAAUGGCUAUCCUCAAGUGCCUGGAUGCCCUCCUGCACUCUGCAUAUGGUGAUAUUGUUUUUAAGCUCUACGACCCGAGCAUGUUGCCUGGACUCGGAGCGGCCGUGUCAUUACUUCUUGCACUCACAGAGCAGGAAAAGGCCAGAGGAGUCCAGACGGCUGCACUGAAAUGUCUCCUGUCUCUGUUUCUACAGUGCGAUUGCUCGCAAGAACACGUUGAGCCAGGACAGGAAGAGGGGUAUCUGCUUGGUCGUGCCUUAGCCACAUUUCUUCCUGGCAUCUCUCGUGCCUUGAGUCUCGUGAUCAGUGGAGAUGUCAGACAGGGGCAUGUGGUUACUGUGAAGGCCAUGAGGGUUUGGUACAGAAUGGUAGGUCUAGUAAUGGCCGACGAGCAGCUUCAGAAAACGGAAGCAAAGGACACAACAGCUGUUGAGAUUGGGAGAGUUGAGAAACUCAUUGUGAAGAGGACUCCGUCUUGGUGCAAGGACACAUCCAAGCGUCUCUCAAUAGUCCUACAAAAUAUUAUUUCCUGUACUUCUGCGCACCCACACUGGAAAGUGAGGCUUGAGUUAGUGAAUAUGUCCCAUCUCCUUCUCUCACAGUGCAGCCAGUCUGUAGGUGAAUGUAUCGGCCCUCUACUGGAAGCAUUGGUAGGUGCCAUCAAUGAUGAUGAGCCCAAUGUUAAAAACAGGUGUAACACAGUUUUGAAUGAGGUAGCGCAGAAAAGCCAAGCCACCGGUGGGCAGGACUUUACUGACGUUCUGUCUGAAAACCUCCACAGCUUGGUGUCGUCCUUACCUCGUCUCAUGAGAACUACAGAUGAUCAGCGCAAGCUCUUCCUUCUUAAUGUGUUCCUGGGGUACCUCAAGAUUCUUGGGCCCAAAGUGGACACUGUACUAACUUCAGCUGUACAUUUGGAGCGCAUCUCCAAAGCAUUGAUGCAAGUAUUGGAGCUGGACGUAACGGAUGUAAAAAUCAUCGAGGAGAGAACUCUUAUUCCUUUAACAAACCUGGGACCUGACAUGCACCAAAUGCAACCUCAGAAGAAAUACUUCCUCUACUUCACAGAUGACAAGAUAUUCUCGGCACUCAGUAAGAUCUGCAGGACGUUGGGAUACUACGGAAACCUCUAUCUUCUUGUUGACCGCUUCAUGGAAUUGUACAAGGAGUCCUCUGUUUACAAGAAGCAGGCUGCUUUGGUUCUCAACGAGGUCAUUGUUGGUGCGGCAGGCAUUGGCGUGGAGACCGACAAUUCCAGAACGGACUACAUAGGAUUUAGUCAGUCCACACCUUCUAGAACAAGUAAAGAGGACUUGAAAUCUUCCAUCGUUUCCAUCAUUGAGGAAUACAUCAGUUUGGGUAACUGGCAUCUCCCUACAGUUUCUGAGGCAGUGGACAAUGAGACUCAAGCAAACCUUGAGUCUACAGCCUCCUUAGUGCCCCAUCCAGAAAGAAACUCUUUGCAGAUACUUCCAACAUCCAAAACACCAACUCUCCACCAACUGAACGGCAACAUCUGGCAAAUCUGUAUCCAGUUAGAGGGCAUUGGAGGUUUCGCCCUUGCCUUGGGCACAGACUUCCGUUUGCUUCUUAUGACAUCACUUUACCCUGUGCUGGAGAAGGCCGGGGACGAGUCGCUUCUUGUCAGCCAAUCGGCCUACAGCGCCAUUUGCGACCUCUGCAAGGCUUGCGAUUACAGUUCGCCCAAGGAACUGGUCAUCCAGAACUCUGACUACCUUCUUAAUGAUGUUUCUCUAAACUUAGCCAGACCCAGCAUUCAACCUCAUGCUACGAGAGUUCUUGCGGUCAUGUUCACUCAUUCUGAUGCAAGUCUGCUGCCCCUAGUGGCCGAUGUGGUGCAGGACGUGUUAACGGCACUUGAUCUUAGCUAUGAGCAGAGAACGCCACAGUUCUGCGCUGUGUUGCAUUCACUCAUGAAGGCACUUGUGAGAUGGUUCCCCGCAAAUAUUGGACACCAGAAGCCGCCCAACAAAGAGACCCAGAGUAAAGACUGUUUGAGCCUGAGGCAGUUUUUUCUUGACUAUAAAAAACAAAAGGAGCUUGCAGAAGGAAUUGCAAUUGAGGAGGAAGAUCCUGAUGGUCUAGACAUCCCUCCAUCAGCAUCCACUUCUGAGGAGGACAUGGAAGGCCCUGACGUGAAAGAGGAACUUCCACUUCAUAUUCAAAUUGCAAAAGACGUCAUGGAGCGAUGCAUCCACCUGCUGUCCGACUCCAACCUGAGAACACGACUCAAGGUGUUGGACAUCCUGGAGUUGUGUGUGUGUGUUUUAUGUGCGAGAGAGAAUGAGCUUCUUCCCAUGGUGCAUCGGUGCUGGCCUGCUCUCCUCCACCGUCUCACCAACGAUGAUCCUCUCGCUGUACCUCGAGCUUUCAAGGUGUUGUGUGUUCUGGGCGAGUCGUGUGGUGAUUUUCUCAGGAAACGGGUGUCUAAAGAGGUCCUGCCACGUAUCACUUCCUCUUUGAUAAAACAGUCAGAGAUCAGUGCUCGUUCGGGGACCGUCUACACACACACACUGGCCUACAAACUCCAGCUCGCAGUGCUGCAGGGUCUCGGGCCGCUGGGUGUUAAACUGGAUUUGGCGGAGGCCGAUCUGGAUCGAAUUUUUGACGCUUGUCUUCCUUACCUGAGCUGCCGUCAGCCAAUCAAACUGCAGGAGGCGUGUCUCAGUGUUUUCCGGCACCUGAUGAAGCUGGAUGCGGAUGCGUGCUGGUUCACUCUGAACGAACUCUUCUGUCCUGUCGUGUACAAACCGCCUCAUCCGCUUCUACUGCCCGUGACGCUGAGCGGAUCGGACAAGCCAAGAAACGAAUUCACAGACAAUGUCCUCAGAUUACUGCAGGAGUUUAAUUCCCCGCUUGAGAACGUAUAGGGCUCUGGUGAUUUAAAAUAAGAGGGGUUCUUUCAUGUGAGCGAUUAGGUUAAGACACCUAAUGUUUCUACAUUGCAUUUCAAACCUGCACUACAACAGAAGGACUAUUUAUCAGAUUUCAUGUAGACUGUUUUAAGAACAGAAAUCAGAUAAUCUUUGAAUGCUUGCUUGUAUGAUACAAUGAAUGUUCUUUUAUGUUCUGUAUAUUACUUUUAAUCAAGAAAUAAUUGUUAUAUUGUCGAA